AUGAGCAAGGCAGGCAACCCACAGAGACGCACCACCUACCUCAUUUCCCUCACUCUAGUGAAGGUUGAGGCUGUGCCAGAGGAUGUAGCAGGGAACCAGAAGGAGGCUCUUCCAGAGGGGGAAGGGAGCCCUAAGAAGAAGGAGGAGGAGGAGCAGGAGGAGGAGAAGGAGGUGAGCAAUGCCCCUGAAAAGGAGGAAGGACCUGUAUGUACACAAGUGGUCGAGAAAGAAACCACACAGUUGGAGGAAGAAGUGGAACAGGUGCUGGUCAAAUAUGGCAGCCCUGUUGAGAGGUGCAGGAAGGCUGAGAGGAGGGAAACUCAUGGACACCAGAAAGACAUUGUGUCAGUGGGAAAGAGCAAAGACACUUCUUUCGUACAUCCGCCUGCUCGGCAAAUGGUCAAAGUGUACGGAGGGACUACCUCCGAGGGGACGGUGCGCCGAGAGGGGCCUCGCUCAGAUGCCAUGCGCCCCAAGACGGAGCUCUACAGAGAGCCGCCCAUGCUGUUCCUAAAAGGGGAAAAUGGAGCGGACCUGAACAGCCGCUCGCGUUGCAGCCUCCCUUUCUCCAUCCCGCCACAGGUCAGCCAGCGUCCUGAAGUCCUGAUGAGGUCACAUGCAGGAGGCAACUCCGCAUGCUGGAGGGAACUCAGAGAGGCCAAUACAAGCCUGUACCACUCUGCUAAGACUCUGGAUCGAAGGGAUAACCGAAUGGGGGACCAGUCCCCCUUAAUGGCAGCUACAACUCUGGGGCCUUACAGGGCGUCCUGGGCUGACAGCGAUGGCAGGGGCACGCUCAUUCGCCCCGGAGCUCCCAUCAGCGGAGGAUUUUCAGGCAUAAUGACCAGGGACAGUCCUCAGGGGGAGAGAUUUAAGACGGUGUCUAUUUCCCUGUCUGCUCCUCCUGCCACUGACUUGUCCAAGCCUCAAAGAAAAGGUACAAGUCGUACCCUGGACAACAGCGACCUACAUUCCCUCUCCGAGGACCUGAAGAGGGGGAAGGAGGGCCAGGGAGGAACAAUCCAGCGAGCUCCUCCCCGCGACCGAAAGAUGCUGAAGUUCAUUAGUGGCAUUUUCACCAAAAGUACAGCUGCGGCGCCCAGUUCCAGCUCUGCACCUCCCCUCUAUCCAGCUGUGGAGCGGGGCUCGAGUGAGGAGGAAGCUGCAUGCACCAGCAGUCAAGAAUGGACCAUGAGCCAAACAAUGCAGGAGCUUCACCUGGGUGUUUUGGGAGGUCUGUGCAGUGGGAAGUCGGCUCUGGUCCACAGACACUUGACAGGAAGUUACCUGCAGCUGGAAAACGCUGAGGGGCGCCAGUACAUUAAGGAUGUCCUGGUUGAUGGACAGAGCCACCUGUUGGUAAUCAGAGAAGAGACAGAACUCCCAGGUGCUCAGUUUGCAAGUUGGGUGGAUGCGGUUAUCUUGGUCUUCAGCUUGGAAAAUGAGGCCAGCUUCCAGGAAGUUUACAAAAUCUACCACCAGCUCGCUGUCCACCGGCCUGUUUCUGAGAUACCUUUCAUAGUAGUCGGGACUCAGGAUAAGAUCAGCAGCACCAACCCCAGAGUUAUAGAUGAUGCCAGGGCCAGACAGCUCUGCUCAGAUGUGCGGCGCUGCACUUACUAUGAGACCUGCGCAACAUACGGCCUCAAUGUGAACAGAGUCUUCACUGAUGCUGCUCAGAAGAUCAUGGCAGCCAAGAAGCAAGCUGCUCUGCUGGCUUCCUGUAAAUCUCUCCCGAACUCUCCCAGUCAUUCUGGAGGCUCCACCCCAGUGUCAGGUGUCUUUCCAGGACAGGCCAGUAACGGUGGUCAGAGCAGCGAUUACUCCUCAUCACUUCCCUCCACUCCUGUGAUCAGCCAUAAGGAGAUCGGCAGGACAGCGAGAGGGGAAAAACAGGAAAGUGCCACACCCGGGUCUGUCCGCAGUGCCACCCGGAGACGCACCUCCAGAUUUGCGGGCCGGAGAGGCAGUGACUCAAACAGAAGGAGUGCAGACUGUAAGGGCGAUCUGGGCAGUGGACGCUCCAUUCCCAUCAAACAGGGCAUCUUGCUGAAGCGCAGUGGGAACUCGCUCAACAAAGAGUGGAAGAAGAAGUAUGUCACGCUGUCCAACGACGGCAUACUGUCCUAUCACUCCAGUGUCAAUGACUACAUGCUGAAUGCUCCUGGGAAAGAGAUGGACCUGCUGAGGGUGACGGUGAAGGUGCCAGGAAAGCGACCACCUCGUGCUGUACCCACUUGCGGCCUUCCAGUCGGCCUCAACGGACGGGUUAAAGAUGUGCCGGGAACCGAGGGUGUCAGCCCAGUCCCUGUGAGCACCAGCAGCCUCCUGCAAGUGGAGGAAAUGGAAGGAUUGGGUGGUGCAUUGUUCCUAAGGAGCAACAGAGGCGUGCAGCGAUGUCCCUCUACACUAUCUAACCAUGCUCAAAGUGUUGACUCUGCAGUCGAUGGUGUGUCCAGCUCCUCCUCUACCAAAGAUGUAGGCUCCUCAUCCCCGGUGACAGACAGGAAGAAGCAUCGCAGGAAGAAGAGUAUGAACCAGAAAGGAGAUGCAACCAUUGGCCAAGCAGAUGCCAAGCGGAAAAUGUGGAAACUUAAAAGUUUUGGUAGUUUAAGAAACGUAAGCAAGACAGAUGAGGAUAACUUUGACUUCCUCAUUGUGUCGAGCACUGGCCAGACUUGGCACUUUGAAGCCCAGAGUGUGGAAGAAAGGGACUCCUGGGUCCAAGUCAUUGAGAGCCAGAUCCUGGCCAGCCUGCAGCUGUGUGAGAGCAGCAAGAACAAGGCUCGCAAGAACAGCCAGAGUGAAGCAGUGGCUCUGCAGGCGAUCCGCAACGCAAAGGGAAACAACUUCUGCGUUGACUGCGAUGCUCCAAAUCCAACCUGGGCCAGUCUGAACCUGGGCGCUCUUAUAUGCAUCGAGUGUUCAGGGAUCCACAGAAACUUGGGGACCCACCUGUCGCGGGUUCGCUCGCUGGACCUUGAUGAUCUGCCGCGGGAGCUCACGCUGGUUCUCAGUGCCAUCGGCAACCACAUGGUGAACAGUAUAUGGGAGGCGCGCACACUGGGCCGCCGUAAACCGGCACCUGAUGCUACACGCGAGGAGCGGGAGUCAUGGAUCAGGGCCAAAUAUGAGCAAAAGCUGUUUGUGGCGCCGUUGCCUCCUCCAACUCCUGGCGAGGGCCCAGACAUCACGCUCUCCGGCCGUCUUCUCUUGGCAGUGAUGGAGCACAACCUCCCCAAGCUGCUGCUCCUUUUGGCCCACUGCACUAAGGAGGACAUUAACGCCCCUCUCAGCCUGGCGCUCUCCUCCAGGUCGCUCUUAGCGCUGCGACUGCCCGGCUCUGCCCUGCACGCUGCCUGUCAGCAGGCUGAUGUGGUGAUGACGCAGCUUCUUGUUUGGUAUGGCUGUGAUGUUCGGUACCGGGACGCUCAGGGGCAGACAGCUCUGGUUCUGGCUCGCAGUGCUGGCAGCCAGGAGUGUGUUGACAUCUUGCUCCAGCACGGAUGCCCAAAUGAACCGAUGGCCACGGUCGGUUUCGCAGCAGCCGCAACGUCCAGCUUCCCCGCAGCCAUGACGCCGAGCCUGACAGUUGCCACGACACUCAAGAUCUCGCACAAGAGCGGCAGCACCAGCUUGAGUUACAGCACGUCCAGAAGAGCAGUGUCAUAA